AUGAGUAAACAGACAAAAACAAAGCGAGGAAGCGGUUAAAAAUAUCAAGUUACAGUUUAAAAACCUUUAAUAGUGAAAGUUUAACCUUGCCCUUGUCAUGGUUAUAUUAUAUCAAUUUCUUUGAAUAUGCCGUCCUUCAGUUGAAGUAAUUGGGAUAAUGCUGACGUAGUAGAAUUUGCACAGUAUUUGUUUCUCUUUUGUUGCCAAAAUACAUAUCUCUUUGUACUUGUGCGGUUCUUUUCUUCUCCGUUGAAAUUGUGACUAUUUGGAAUUAUUCCAAAUUAAAUAUAAUUAUUCAAAUAAAAACUUGAGUAUACUUGACCAUGUCGAAGGACUCGGACGUGGAGCAGGCGACGAAGCCGGAGGGUGGAGUCAUUCAGCAGCAGCCAGCAAUUCCAGAGGAGCAGCCAGGAGCCACCACUCCCACAACAGUGUCCACCACGACCACGGUGAUCGCGGUGACCAAUGGGGAGAAGCCAGUGGAGGUGACAUCAGCCUCAGUAGCAACUGCAGCAACUCCAGCAACACCUGCAACAGCAGAACAAGUGCAACCUGCAACAACCAUUGCUGGCAUUGAAUUGGCCACACCAACGGCAACGUCAACAUCAACAGGCAGUGGUAAGGCCAAUAUGGAUCCAGCACUGAUCAACUUCAAGGUGCUCUACGUGCUGACCCAACUGUGCGGCCUGACGAUGAUCGUCCUGGUGGGCACCUGGAUCGGCCAGCACUUCGGUGGCCUGGGAGGCACCGCCAAUCCCAAGCUGGAGUUCAACUGGCAUCCGCUGUUCAUGACCAUCGGCUUCAUCUACUUGUACGGCAACUCCAUUCUGAUCUAUCGCGGUUUCCGCACCACGCGCAAGAAGACACUGAAGCUCACCCACGCCGGCAUCCACAUGGCCGCAUUUAUUUUGACGGUGAUUGCCCUGAAGACGGUCUUCGAUUCGCACAACCUGGCCAGUCCGCCCAUCCCGAAUAUGUACUCCCUGCACUCGUGGCUGGGUCUCUCGGCGGUGAUCAUCUUCUCGCUGCAGUAUGUGGCCGGAUUUGUGGCCUUUUUGGCGCCGGGAUUGAGGGAGAACUACAGGAUCGCCAUGAUGCCGCUGCACAUCUACUUCGGACUCUUUGGCUUCGUUCUGGCCAUCGCAAGUGCCGUGAUGGGUCUCACCGAGAAGGCCAUCUUCGCCAUCACAAGUCCACCGUAUUCCACUCUGCCGCCUGCUGGUGUCUUGGCCAACGUGAUCGGAGUGCUGUACGUGGUUUUCGGAGCGCUGGUUGUUUACCUGGCCACUGAACCCGCCUACAAGCGCAAGCCAAUCCCCGAGGACACCGCCCUACUCAAUUCCAGUUCUGCCAACGAGUAAGAACUACAAACAGACCCAAUCAUGCUUACUUAAGCUCAAAACUGUGCACAAAACCAAACGAAACCGAAACCUGAUCACACGGAUGGUGCUUUUGCUGUCGGAGACGAAGACGCGUGUAUUAUCUGUAGCAAGUACAUAACUUAAUGACUAUGUAUAAUUCCGAUCUAUCCACAUACGUAUACUUGGAUCACCAGUUGUGCAAGGAUUUCAGCGAGCGCUCAAAUCGAAACGUAUUUAACCUCAUGAAGAACAUUUGCUUUGAACUGUACGAUUACAUCUGUCUAUGUGUGUUAUGUAUGCUUAAAUAAAUCUAUAUUAAUACAA